ACAAAAUUAAAUACGAAAGAAAGAACGAAAGAACGAAAGAGAAGAGCAAAGGCAAAAAAGGAAAUUGUCUGGAACUUUCUUCCAGACCCAAAAGGAAUCUCCAAAGGAACUCACGACCGCCCCUUUUCCCUCUUGUCGGUUCUUCUUAUUUUCUUCCUUUAUAAUUCUAACGGAGAUUCCUUCUUCUUUUCUUCCUUCAAAUCUAUAUCGCUUCUUCAAUUUCAUCCUAAUUCUAUUUCUAUUCACUUUCUCCCCCCAUUCAAUCAAUCACAACACAGGGGUAUUAUAAUUGUUUUGAUCAAUCCAUGGCUGAAGAACAUAGAUGCCAAGCGCCGAAGCUUUGUGCGAACAACUGCGGAUUUUUUGGCAGUCCCGCGACAAGAGAUCUCUGUUCAAAAUGUUACCGAGAUCUGCAGUUAAAGCAACAGCAAUCCUCCUCCGCUAAACUCGCCUUAAACCAAACCCUGGCGGCAUCAUCAUCAUCAUCAUCAUCAUCAUCAUCAUCAUCCUCGUUGUUGUUAAAUCUGAAACCGGAAGCGAAGGAACAACGCGUGGAGGAGGAGGUGAGGACGGAAGUGGUUCGGACGGAAGCGGCGGAGGCAAGACAGCAACAGCAGCAGCAGCAGUCAAGCCGAUGUAUGACGUGCAGGCGGCGCGUGGGGUUGACGGGGUUCAAGUGCCGGUGUGGGAUGGUGUAUUGUGGGAGUCACCGGUACCCGGAACAACACGGGUGUGAAUUUGACUUCAAGCAGAUGGGGAAGGAUCAGAUCGCGAAGGCGAAUCCGGUGGUGAAAGGGGAGAAACUGCAGAAGAUUUGAGGGAAGGGAAGGGGUAAAAUUGUCUAUUUUUCUUCUUCUUCCUCCUCCUCCUCCUCCUCCUCCUCCUCCUUUGGUAUAUGUCUCUUUCGUGUGGUGUGGUCGAAAAAUAUUGGUGGUUGGUUGGUUGGUUGUAUAAAAUUAAUAUUGAAAUAAUAUGAGUCUAUACAUUCCAAUUUC